GAGAAAUUAAAUUCCCCGCACGCUUGAGUGGCCCCGCUAGCGGUAACGGGCCCCGCCCCCAGCAACAAGAUCCCUGCAUCGUUCGUAUAGCGUUUGCUCGAGAGCAAAUGGUAGAGUUUUUGCAACGAUGUUGGCUGUUGGCUUCUUCCCUGACAGCGGCAGGAAUUGGAUUCAUUCUUCUACGACGAUGGUGUUCUGGUGGGGUUUGUAAAAGUAAAGCGCGACUGGAUGGAAAAACGGUGAUCAUCACUGGUGCUAAUGUUGGGAUUGGAAAGGAGACUGCCAGGGCCCUUGCUCAGAGAGGGGCUCGUGUAAUAUUAGCUUGCCGGGAUUUGGAUAAAGCCAGAAAGGCCUCAAAUGAGAUCAGGAUAGCAAGUGGGAAUGGAAAUGUCGUGGUGCAGAAACUGGAUUUGGCCUCACUUCAGUCUGUGCGUUCAUUUGCUAACAAAAUUACAGAAACUGAAACGCACUUAGACAUUCUCAUCAAUAAUGCAGGUGUCUUUAGGUGCCCUAAGCGGAAGACUGACGAUGGUUUUGAGAUGCAGCUUGGAGUUAAUCACCUGGGUCAUUUUCUGCUAACUAACCUCCUGCUGGACCUGCUGAAGAAGUCCGCCCCCAGCCGAAUUGUUACAGUAUCCAGUUUAGCACACGGUUACGGGAAAAUUCAUUUUGAUGACAUUAAUUUGGACAAUAGCUACAAUUCUGGUGAUGGAUACAAUCAAAGCAAGCUGGCCAAUAUACUGUUCACCAGGGAACUGGCAAAGAAGUUAAAAGGCACAGGAGUAACAGCUAAUUGUCUCCACCCUGGAGUAAUAAUGACUGAGCUGGGACGUCAUUAUAUACCCACUCUCGCGAUAUGGUGGAAGAUUCUCCUGGCACUUAUAGCCUUUCUUAUCUUUAAGAAGCCAUGGCAAGGAGCUCAGACAACCAUCUAUUGUGCAGUUGCUGAGGAACUUGACAACGUUAGUGGCCUGUACUUCAGUGACUGUGCUGCUAAAGAGACUGCCCUUCAAGCCCAAGAUGAUGAGGCUGCCAAGAGACUAUGGGAGCUCAGUGAAAAGAUGGUUGGACUUGAUGAAUCCAAAAAACAACAGCUUUAUAUUCCAGAAUCCUGAGAAGUUAAUCCAGUAGUGUUUUUUUAUCUAUAAUUCUUGCUUGAAGUUUCUAAUAUCCAAAUGUGUAGUGGUGUUUCUGGGCUAUUUAAUGUAAUUUGACCAGUUCUGAAAUUGAUCCUGUUGUCACGGUUUUGUUUAUUCAUUCAUGAGUUGGAGGCGCCACUGGCUUAGCCAGCAUUUUUUGAUGUUUAUCCCUGAUUGCCCUUGAGAACUGAGUGGCUUGCUAGGCCAUUUCAAGGGCAUUUAAGAGUCAACCACACUGCUGUGCUGCAGUUUGUGCAGAAAUUUUGAAAUUUGGAGUGACCCAAUGAAAUUUAUUAAUGCCUUCCAAAACACUGAAGUUUAUUGGAUUUCAUGAGGUCCCCUGACUUACUGACUUCAAACACGCAGCCUAUAGGGAGAGGAAAUACAAAAUUUGACCUGUCACUAGCAGGAUCACUAGUUUUUGUUUUAUAUGGAAAAGAUCAUUGGCAUUGCAACAUUCAAUCUCAAAAGCUGGUUAAAAAUUCCUUAGAAUAAAAUAGAAUUUGACUUACUUGAUGCCUAAUGCAUUGGCCUGGACCUAGGUGAAUGAGAGAUGACAGUGGGUGUUUGAAAAUUAUAUAACACCUGACUCCAAUUACACAUUUUGCAUUUGUUCCAACUUUGUCAACUUUUCUAAUAAUAAACAUGGACUUGGGAAUUUAUAAUGGAAACCAGCUGUGGAAACCUGUCAUGUUGUAAGUGCCCCACUCCAGAAGGCACUUGACCAAGUGCUGAGGGAGUGCUGUAUAAUGUUCUGGGCCAACAUUUAUCCCUCAACCAACGUAACCAGACAGGCUUCCAGAAGAUUUACUAGCUAUUCAUUCCAUUGCUGUUUGCUGGAUCAUUCCAGCUGUUGCUUGCUCCUCAACCAAAAUUUCUUAAAAGCAGAUAUUUACCUGUAUUUACCUGGUUGCUGUUUAUGGUACCUUGCUGUAUGCAGAUUGCCUGCAUUAUAACAACAACUACACUUCAAAAGUACUUCAUUGACUGUGAAAUGUUUUGGAAUUUCCCAAGAUAGUGAAAAGUGCUACAUAAGUGCAAAUCUUUGUUUCGUUUAUCCAAAGACUGCACUUGUCUGUAACUCCCAGUGUAUAAUUCCACAGAAGAUUGACUGGUAUGUGAACAGAGUCGCCAUUCUCAACUGAAAAGUAGUUCUUAGAAAAAUCCCUCCUGUCAGGUCUGUAGUGCUGUUGAUUCAGGAGCAAAAAUGGUCUAUAAGUAACUAAGUUUACAAACAUUAAUCACCUUGUGCUGUCCUGCCCAGCUAUCUCCUAAGCCCAAACUUGAUCACAUGGACUGGUUGGAUAAAUGACAUGUAUGAAAUUGGGUUCUUACACUCUUUGGCUCAGUGUGUCUAUGUGCUGGAUUGACAAUUGACAUGUUAUUUCCAACUUGAAUCUGAAUUUGCUUCAUGUCAGCAUGAAGAUAGCAUUUAACCAUCAUCCCAAAACUUGCUCUGGUAUCUUUCAGAACUUGCAUUUUCAAAAAUAAAUUGAUUAUUUUACUGAUUUUAUAAAGUAAGUAUUGAAUUAGAUCUGGGAAUUCUGUCUUUAUUCAUAGUCUUUCUUAUUGCUGAUGUAACGCAUGGAUCACCUGAAAUCUCCAAAUAAAAAUAAAAGAGGUAUUUAAAGAA